UCCAUGGCGAUCUGACACUCUUGUCAAGUGUCAAAAAUCAGCUGUUUCAAUAACAUAUCUGUCACCUGUCAGAAGUAUUUAAUUAAAAAAAAAUAACAUUUUCCUUUCCUCUGUUUAAAUAAAUGUAAAUAUGUAAAAAGUCGGUUCCAUUUGACGAAACUCAUUACUGUUAAAUGAAAGAGUGUUAUCAGACUGCAAAUUAUUCCAGGAUGAGGCGGCGAUACGCCCGGUCGCCUUUCCUCGACACGUGAAAUCCUAUAAACUGGCGUUAAAAAUCGAUUUUGCCGUAAAGGAGCGAAGGAUAAAUUAUUUAAGCAUGUCUGGGGUGUUCGGGUACAGCCGCGAGGCUGUUAGAGUCAAAGUUAAAAAAUGUGAAGGAAACCAACCAGCAGAGAUCAGAAAAUUCAGCGUGGACCCUCAAAUAACAUCCUUUGAGGUCCUCCAAAGCAUCCUUGCCAAGGCUUUUGAUUUAAAAGGCGACUUUGCCAUUUGUUAUCGGGCCUAUGACAUUACCGGACAGGAAGUUUAUAUGAGACUGAUAUCAGAUUGGGACUUAGAUGCUGCUUUUUUAAAGGCCUACAAUACAUCAGCGGCAGUAAACCAAGAACCAUGUCUCUGUCUAAGGGUCGAUCUAAAACCUUUCGAAGAACAAAUUGAAGAUUGGGAACAGAAACAGAAUAUUUCUAUUAUCGCUCAAAUAAGGACUCCAGUUAGUCAAGAGGCCAAGCCUGCUUCUUCCAGGUUUCAUGGCAUGUUUAAUCAGGUGGGUAGGACUUUGAAUAUGGUACAAAAAGCCUUGACUUUUGGGGAAGAUAGUAAUGCCACAGUGCAGCCCCCCAGACCUCCUCUCAGUGAUGCCGAAUUCCGGAGAUUUUGUGACGCUGUAGGUCAAAUUGUUUAUGCCAAGGAAUUGAGAUCUGUUAUUUAUUAUGGUGGGAUUGAGCCCAGUUUAAGGAAAGUGGUAUGGAAACAUUUACUAAAUGUGUAUCCGGGUGGCAUGACUGGCCGGGAUAGGAUGGAUUACAUCAAGAAAAAGGCCAGCGAGUAUGAAAAGUUAAAGGAGACCUGGAAACAGGCCAUUGCUCAGGGCCCAGUAUGCGGCGAACUGGCAUACACCACCGGAAUGGUGAGGAAAGACGUGUUAAGAACCGACCGGCACCAUCCGUUUUACGCAGGCAGCGACGAUAAUCAAAACAUCGCCUCGUUAUUUAACAUAUUGACCACUUACGCCCUGAACCACCCGAAAGUGUCUUACUGUCAAGGGAUGAGCGAUCUCGCGUCUCCCCUUUUGGUCACCAUGAACGACGAGGCGCACGCGUACAUCUGCUUCUGCGCCCUCAUGGAACGACUCGCGACCAAUUUCAUGAUCGACGGGAUCGCGAUGACGCAAAAGUUCACGCAUCUCGCCGAGGGACUCAUGUACUACGAUCCGGAGUUUUAUAAUUACCUAAAGUUACAUCAGGCUGACGAUUUGCUCUUCUGCUAUCGGUGGCUUUUAUUGGAAAUGAAGCGGGAGUUCGCCUUCAAUGACUCCUUGAGGAUGUUGGAGGUUUUAUGGGCUUCCUUGCCGGCAGAUUAUCCGGAUAAGGAACUGAAACUGUACGACACGUUGUUUCAUCCGGUUGCUGCGUGUGGAACGCCUCCUAUAAGUCCAUUGGUGAAAACACCAAGAGAAAGCGCCUAUACGAAAGUAUGCGCCCUACGUCGUCAAAGUUCCUCGAUAUCGCUCAGUAAUUACGCCGGCAGUGGUAAAAAAACGGUGUCGGUAAAACGGCAAAAUCACAGUUUGGACGAGACGAUCAGCAGAAGUAGGAACAGCGCCGCGAUGGAGAUUCGACUCAACAAAAACCAGAGUCUCGACGACGCGGCUCUCACCAGAAAUAAACAGCAGAAAAGUAACGAUUCCAGUCCAAAAUCGCCUAGGCACGGAAAUUCAAAAGAAGGCACCCCACCUUCCCCCAGGGCCGAGCUACGGGCCCGUUCCGUCUCCCCUUUCGAACCCAAAUCGGAUUCGGCCAUAAUCCUCAACAACCGCGUGAACGCCCACCAGAUGGCGUUCCGUUCGAAGAGCGCCACCUUAUCGGCGAGCAUGUCGAACCUCAUUCGUAACACGAAAAAGGGCGGCGGCCACUUCAAAGACCUCAAAGAUAAAAUCGCCGCACACAAGUUGUUCUCCUCGUUGGACCGCUUGGACGCCACCCAAAUGAUCAAAGAGGAGGAGGAACGUCCGAAGAAGAUCGUGAAGAACCUCAACGAGUUCUUGAGCUUGGCGGGGGUGGUCAAUAAGAACAAAAUAUCGGAUAAGGGACGGCAACAGUUGCAAGUGAACGAUAAGCCGAAGAUCAUGCUGACCAAGUCGAGUUUCGACGAUUCGGAGAGCGUUAGUUCGGAGCCGAGGGGUUCGUCCACUUCGAACACGAUCACCACGGAUGACACCGAUACUUUUGACGAGUACAGUCCGGAUGAUAGUCAGGAGUAUUUCCCGUUGACCACCUCGGUAACCCGGGAGCUGCGCCUGGAACUGGAAAAUCUGGACCGGAAAGUGUUUGGGGAUAAGUACGUUGAUCGGUUGAGUGAUUCUCCGUCGAGUGAGGGUGGAGAUAUCAGGACUAGCAGGAACGACGAUUUAUUACCUCAGGGGAAAUUAAACAGCGGUGACGUGUUCGUGUGGGAAAACCCGCUGCACCAAACCAGUCCCUCAAAACCAUCGGGGAUUUUCGCGGACCCACGGGAAACUCCCGACGAACAAGUGGACAUCGACGACUACGACGCCCCGAUCAUGGUCAACGAGACGUCGGCGUCGAAAACGGUGACGCCCAUCCGGAUUAUCAGCUCGACCAGUCACAUCGAGACCACUCAGAAGGUGGUGGUGAAUUUCGCGAAACCGAUUGCUCAACCCCGGGUGACCUCUAGCGGCGGCGUACCGGGGGAUUUACUUAACGGUACGACAAUGACGAACUCGUGCGAGGAGGUGCAAGAAAUCAAAACGUCAACGUUCCUGCCGCCCCCGCAAGAGUUCGGGGGCGGCAAUCCCUUCCUGAUGUUCCUCUGUUUGACGGUGCUGCUGCAACACCGCGACCACAUCAUCGGCAAAAACAUGGACUACAACGAGAUGGCGAUGCACUUCGAUAAGAUGGUACGGAAACACGACGUCACCAGGGUCCUGAACCAGGCGAGGCAGAUGUACGCGCGGUACAUGAAACAACAGACGCUCGCCCAUCAAAAAAUCGAUUCUUCCGGUUUAGGUAACGAGAAGUGUUGAUGAUUGAAGGGACUAUAAGUUUUUUCGAGUGUUGAACGCAUUUAAGGUCGACUAACAACUUCCGGGAAAUGCCUUUGAAAUGGUUCAAUUUAGGUGAAAUUUCUUUGAAAGAACCGCGGUAUAAGACACUAGGCACGUAUAAGAGGCUUUAAAUGUCUGGAAAAUGGAUAGUGAGGUCCAUAUGCCUGGAACAUAUAAGAAAUUACUUUAGGAACACAAAGGCAAUGAAAACUGACUUGAAAUGCCAGGAAAAGCGAACACUAGAUAACUUUUUUGCUUUUUUUUUUAAAAACACAUGAAAUAUGAUAUGUAGAUAUUUAAACGCAUAUUUCUUUUUGACACAAUCCCAAUGGGUUGAUAGAUAACAUCUUGAAAUAGAGAAAGAUGGGUCGAUUAAAGUACGCCAGCUUCUAAAGGAAAAAUUUGACACUCCUGGGACUUGUCUGAACUUGAACCCUUUACUUUGGAAAUUUUUACCUGGACCACUAUUUUUUUUUAACAACAUUUAUUGAGUACUAUUUUCUUGAAAUAAUAAAAUUUAUUUCAUAAAUCUUACUUAAAUCGCUUUUGAGAUAUUUGGUUUUUAGUAGCAAGUAUGGUGAAAACUGAAAAGAACAUUGGGCUGUUUCCUGGACUUUUAAGCAACUUUUUAAGAAAAAUUAGAAAUUUUAUUGGGACACUUUACGUUCUUCAUAAGAUUUAUAGCACAAUAAUUUUAAAAUAUAAUACAAUUUAUUUCAUAAUUUUUAUUGAAGUAGUUUUGGAGAUAUCGAGAUUUUAGUGGUGAAAAGAUCUUUAAGGUGUUUCCUAUACUUUGUAACUAAAAAAUUCUUACGUGAUUCACUUUAUUUUGUCAACAAAAUAUAUUAAUUACUAUUUUCCUAAGAUAUUAUAACCUAUGUCAUAAUUUUUGCUGAAAUAUUUGGUAAGAAUCUGUUUCCUGUACUUUGGAAAACAUUAUCUGGAUCACUAUUUAGAUUGAAUCAAAUUUAUGGAACACAAUUUUUUAAAUAAAUUCCAAUUUAUUUCAUAAUUUUCACUUAAGUAGUUUUUAAAAUCUUUGAUGUUAGGUAAUAGGGGCUUAAGUCAAAAAAUAUAGUUUUUCAGAAAUCGAAUUUGAAAAUUAAAAAAAUUGCUGUAAAUCCGAUUAUUAAUUUAAAGCCUGAAGUUUUUGAUAUUAGUCAGAGUAUUUAAUUCUUUUUUAGAUCAAAUACUAUUCAUUAUCUACAAAAGUGUAGUUUCCAAAAUUUGAAUGACUUAAGUCUUUAUGGACAUAAAAAAAGUUUUUUUAGCUUACUGAUUUUUAAUAAAGGACUUAUGUCAGAAUAGAGUAACUUUUAAUAAGGCAAAUAAUAUCAAAAUACAUGUUUUAAACACAAAUUAUUUUUUUUCCCUUAGAAACUAAUUGAUUCAUUUAGCCUAAUUUUCUUCUUGUUCUACUGCUUCAUCCACUAGAUCUGGGUCAUUAUAAAUAACUUUAGUAUCGGUAGGUAAAUUUUGAUAAAAUUGGUGAAACACUGGUGGCACCAAAGAAAGAAGCGAACACAAGUCUUUCUUUUUCUCCUUUGAUAUUAAAAGUAACUCUUUAGUAUACAGUUCCUUAACUACCAAAUCUUUUAGGUUUUGACUUUUGCCCCGUCUCAGAAAGCUUAUAAUUUUAAAAUCUUUAGUAUCAGAUAUAGAACUUUUGUAACGUACCAUACCGCCAUUAUUAUAUUGUAGCCAUUGCACAUUUUGCGCCAUUUCAUGGACUUUAAAUUGUCUUUUUCUUCCAGUUCUUCUCACCAACUGGUACCAAUCGUAUGGAUGAUAUACUGGAACUUCCAUUUUCUUUUUUCGCUUUCUAUCAUGGAAUGAUCAACAUCACAUUCCAUAUGUAUAUGCCCAGAUAUUAAGAACUUGUGGUUUAUCGUUAAAUUGGGAUUUUCACUUUGAGCCUUUAUAAACAAAGCAGCGACAUGACUGUUUCGAUUUUGUCCACCACAUGUGUCGGAGUAAAAAGUUAUAUUAUUUACAUCAUUGGGCAAAUUUUUAAUGUGAGUGUACAAGCAGGAAGCAAUUUCAUUACCUCCCCGAGCAGCCAAUGCUUCAUGCCACAUGUAAUGCGUCGAUUCUCCAUCCUGUUAAAUUAUACAUCUAGAGCUGACAUUUAUAGAAUGCUACUGAAGAAGUUAUAAAGGGUGUUGGAAGGCACUGCUGGAGAUCAAAACUUAAGCAUUUUUCAUGGGGAUUUAUUUUAGCUUUCGUCUUAUCUUUAGUUUUUGCUUCGAAUGCAGCAUUAGCUUGGUUGUGAUGCAAUUCCAAUUCCUUUUGUAAACGAAUUUCAUCUUCUUUAUUUCCUGAUUUAGAAGCAACCUGUAUUUGCAUACUAAGAGUGUCGCAUUUAUAGCAGGUAUCAACAUAUCGUUUUUUAAACGGUAGUUUUAAUUUGUGAAAUUAUUUUUCAUAUAUCGUUCUUCCCACGGGAUUUUGCCUUCCUUCUUUGUACAGAUCGUACAUAAUUCGCAGAUUUAAGUGCGAUGGUAGGUACCUUUUAUCAUUUGUACGUCUUGUAUAAUGACUCUCGUGAGAAGGGAACGAUUUAAUAUGUGUACGCACUUCAUUUAAUUCCUGUUCAGAUUUAUAUUUACGGAAGGUGUUAUACCUCUUUGAUCUUCAACAGUAAUGCCAGAAGUGCUUUGCAUUUUGUUUUUUAAAACCACUUUUAUAAACUUUUCCUUUUCAUCCAGUCAUCAAAAAUUUUUUUUUGAACGUCUUCAUUUAGUGUUUGUGAGCAUUUUUUUCUACAUUCUUUUAAAGGCUUCAUAUGUCUUGCAUUUACCAUUUUACCGCUUAUAUUCACGUAACUAUGUCCAGAAUGAAUUUUUUCAGUUCUCUCUUUUCUUACAACUCGGGACCACUUUUUUAAUGGUUUAUCUAUAUGAACUUUUGCCUUUUCUGUUCCAAUUAUUGUUGAGGAAGCACUAGGUCCAGCUUGAUCAGUUAUGUUCAAUUUUUCUUGUGAUUCUAAAAUUUAAAAAAUAUAACGAUCUAAAAACUUAACAUACUACUUUGAAUAUUAGUAGAGGAAAUAUUAGCCUUUGAACGACUUAUUUUUCUCUGAAUGGACAAUAAAUCAAUGUUGUCGUCACUGCUUUCACUUUCAGAUUGUCCAGGUAAAUAGUCCUUAUCUGCAUAACUGUCAUCUGAAUUUAUUUAAGAUAGCUGUCAAAUCUGCCGUCAGUGAAGGGGCUGGCGAUGAUGUUACAGACCCUAUAUCUGGGAUCUGAUCUUCUGUUAGCGACACAGCUAAACUUUUAUUUAUUGUAUCGCCGAUAACUAGAAAUGUAAAAUUAGUCAGUAACAUACACGAUAAAAUUACAAGCAAAAAUGGUUCUUUUACUAUACCGUUUUAAAAGCAUUCACCUUUAUUACUUGCUGUAUCCAACUGUAUAUAAUUUUCACCCAAAAAAUUCUCAUCAAAGUCCAGAAUAUUAUUUGAACAAUUCGAAUUAACAGUUGGAGAAGGCAUUAAAAUUUUGUAACUUGGGUGAUCAGUAUUAGGCAUUUCUUCGUGAUCAUUAUCCGGUGUAUGGGAGUGUGAAAUAACUAGAAUUAAUAAUUUAUAUUUUUGUAAAUUUAUAAUGAGGUUAUGUUAUGUCGUAUUAAAAUACUUUACUAAUAAUAAACAUAAGACAAUUUUAAAAAUUAUAACAAUGAUAUUUACCUGUUUCUUCACAUUUUGUUGCUAAUUGCAAAAUAAGUUUACUUCUUGCACUCAUGUUAACUCAACGAUUUUCUACGAUAAACAAACAACGACUACACAUAAACUUCUAACCACGUAUAAAUUCCACAUACAUAAUAAUGAUAAAUUGAUACGAAAGUCUUAAGUCAGCAAUGCAAUUUUAAAUUUAAAAAUAACGUUUUGAUAUAAAGGACUUAAAUUGACUUAAGUCAUUAUGACACUACUUUCCUUUUACAAUGUUUUGGUACGAAGGUCCUAUGUAAACUUAAGACUCUAUUACCAGACCAGAAUUUUUUUUUUUUUACUUAAGUCUUUUGUACCAAUUUAUGGGGCCUAAAUAAAAACGGUACGACUUAAGUCUCUAAUAUCACCAGAACGAGCAAAAAAUUUUGACUUAAAACCAACAUUUUUCGGGAUUUCGUCAAAAAGUGAAUUAAGACCUUUGUACCUAACAUCAAAGAAAUAUUAGGCUUUUAGUGGCAAAAAGACCAUCAGCGUGUUUUUAACCUUAAAACCUUGUAACUUACAAAUUUUUACCCGUACCACUUAAUUUUUUUUAACAAGAUUUAUUGAGUACAAUUUUCUUAAUAUAACGCAAUUUAUUUCAUAAUUAUUACUUAAAUAGUUUUUGAGAUAUUUGGUUUUUUGUAGAGACAAGUUUGGCAAAAAGAACCUUAACAGCCCAAGGUCUUGGAUUUAAAGACCUGCAAUUUGACAAAUUUUAUCUGGAUCCCUUUACAUUCUUAAUAAGAUUUUAGAACAUUGUUUUUUAAAUGUAAUAAGGUUUAUUUCAUAUUUUUUACUGAAUCAAUUUUUGAGUUAUUUGGUUUUUAAUAGGAAUAAGUUUGGUAAAAAGAAUGGGGAUGUUUCAGGGACUUAAAGCCCUGUUUCUUGCAAGUUUUUACCUGAAUCAUUUUGUAUUUUUAACAAAAUUUUGUUUUUUAUCACUUGUUUCAACAGGAUACCCUAAUGGAAAUGAUCCUUUUUUUUUGCCAUUAUUUUGGUGUAACAGAAAGAAAUAAUUAAAUCAGGUAUUUUGGAUAAAACCGCACUAUUUUGUAACAUAUAUCUCAAAGUAAAUGCAUAGCAAAAAUUGUCAACAGCAGCAGAAAGGUAAUGACUUAAAUAUGAUUUCAAAAGCUGAAAAUAUCACCAAUUAACGUGGAACACAAGAGAACUGGCUUUAAGUACAGGGAAGAAAUUUUAGAUGGCUUAAAAUGCCUGGAAUAAGAUGGAAAAUGAAGUCCACAUGCCUGGAACGACUUUAGACACACAAAGACUGGAAUUUAAAUGCCUGGAAAAUGACUUCAAAUGCCUGGAACGUGACUUUAAGAAUCCAAAAUCGCAAUAAAUAGCCGAACAACGUACGGCACAACAGAAAAGUUUUGAUGCCCCUUGAAAAUUGCACAAUACCGACACCGAACAACUGAAAUAGUUUCAAAUACAAGGCAGAAAUUUGAAAUGAGUUGAAAUGCCUGGAAUAAAAUUAACUCCAGGUGCCUGGAACAUAUGUACAUCCGCUGAUUAUUAUUAAUGUAUUGACCCACAUUCAAGAGGUAUUUCCGGAAGUUUUAACGUGAAAUUGGUCAUUUCCUUUAUAAAAUUCCCUAUUUCCAAAUGUGUUCAGUACUUUAAGAAUAAACAUGUUUCAAAACAGCUUAAUUAGAGAUUAAAAAACAGAAAGUCAAAAAAAAAAGUUAUUCCUUUCGAUAUUGGUUUCCCAAAACAGAACUCAAAAAUAUUUGUACAACUUUCUGUUUGUUUUCACUAAUUAAGCCUUUUUGAGAUAAAACGAUUCCUUUUAUGCCCCUAAAAUCUUUGUCCAUAUGAUGGUAAUUUAAUGGUUUUUAUUAAAUUCUGGUUGAACUGGACAGAUAAAGAACUUAGGGACUUAAAACUUAAUAAAAUUAAACGCCAAAAACACAUCAUCACACUGUCUUAUGUGUAUUAUACUAUAGUAUAGUACCAUAUAGUAUUUAAUAGAAUUGUUACUGUGAUAUUGUAUAUUUAUUUCAUGAUACCCCAUCAGUACUUACUAUAAAAUAUCGUUUGAUGUGUAAUUUUUACUUUAGGGCCUCUAAUAAUAGAUAAUUUUAAGAGUUUCUUUAAAAACUAUACUUUUCCAACUCUCUUUUUAGGUUUAAGUCGAAUAAAGGCUCCAAAUCUUCCUGUAACUUUUUAUGUAUCUGAUAAAGUAUAGCGAUUGUAUGGAAUAUGAAAGCCUGCACUUUAAAUUAUACCAUAAGUAGCAAUAUUUUUCUUUUAUUUGUAGGGAUUGUGAGGGCUGGUUGAAGCAUGCUUGUUGUAAUAUAUGCCUUAUAAAAUC